UCGGCUUCAUGCUCUCCUAUUUGCAGGGGCUGGCCUCUGAGCGCGCCGGCGCCGAGCCACCCGCUGCCGCCGAGGUCACGGCGGCGGCGCCGCCGCCGCCUGCCGGCGCGGGCAGCGCGCCGCCCUUCGGCGAGGCCGCCGAGCAGCUCGAGGAGGGCUUCCCCUCAGACGGAUCGGCGUGCCUGCCCGACCUGUCGGGCCACCACAGCCUGCUGGCGGCCGUGCUCCAGGCGGAGCCGGCGGCCUACGCGCGGCUGCAGGCCGUGCGCUCGGGCGCGGGCGUGGCCCUCGCCAGGUGCAUCAAGCCCGGCGUGGACGGCAAGGGCCACCCCAUGGUGCGGACCGUGGGCCUCGUGGCCGGGGACGCGUCCUGCUACGGCGUGUUCAAGGACGUGUUUGACCCGGUCAUCUGCCAGCUGCACGCCAGUUUCUCCCAGGGUUCGCAGCACACGCCCGAGCUGGACGCCUCGGGAGUCAGCGACCUGCCGCUGGACGCCGCCGGCUCGCGGGUGGUGUCGGUGCAGGUGCACGGCAGCCGCAGCCUCUCGGGCGGUCUGCGGAUGCCCACGGCCGCGUCGCUGGAAGAGCUCUGCGAGGCAGAGCGCUUGCUGUCUGGCGCGCUGACCACUCUGGGCGGCCGACUCGAAGGAGUGUACCACCCCCUGCAAGACUCGGGCUCGUGGACGCCAGAGCCUGGAGGCAUGCAGGAUGACGACCAGCACGACUUGCGCGCCUCUGGGAUGCUGUUCGAGGAGCCCGACUCUGCGAUCAUGCUCUCGGCUGGCUACGGGCGCUGUUGGCCCGCCGGCCGCGGAGUCUUCGUCGGCAAGGAGAAGGACUUCUUUGCCUGGGUCAACGAGGUCGACCACCUCAAGAUCUUUGUCCGGCAGCCUGGCGGGGACCUGAAGCGGGCAUUCGAGCGGUUCGUCUCCGUCGAGCAGUCGGUCGGCGCGUCGCUGGAGUCGAGUGGCUCCGGCUUCGCCUGCGACGGCCGUCUCGGCUUCCUCAACUCGUGCCCCUCGAACAUCGGGACGGCCCUGCACGUCAGCGUCACGCUCAGGAUCCCACUGCUCGGCGCCCAAGGCAAGGAGUUCAAGGCGCGGUGCAAGGGCCUGCGACUCCAGGCACGCCCGAGACAGCCCGCGCUGGGAGGCACCGCUGGCCGGGGGGCCGACACUGGGGGGCUCUGGGAGCUGUCCAACCACCAGCGCUUGGGCUGCUCGGAGGUUGGCCAGGUGAACUCCCUGAUCAACGGCUGCAGGGAGCUCACGGCCCUGGAGGCGAGGCUGGAGGCCGGGGAGGACCCCUCCGAGGUGCUCGGCGAGGGCCCGCCGAAGCCAAGGCCGGCCCCCGCCGAAGGAGCGGGCCCCGCGGCCGAAAGCUGCGCGGAGGGGCUGCCAGACCUCGCGGGCAAGCACAGCAUGGCCGCGGAGGUGCUGAGGGCUGAUCCGGGCAUCUACCAGAGGCUGCGGGCGCAGAAGACGGCCAUGGGCGUGUCGUUCCUGACCUGCAUCAGGUCUUGCCUGGAGAACAGCGGCCACCCGAUGAUCAGGACCAUGGGCGCGGUGGCCGGCGACGAGCUCUGCUACGAGACCUUCAAGGAUUUCUUCGGUCAGGUCAUCAAGCUCCGGCACCCGACCUGGGACGCUGCCGCGGGGCACCCGACAGACAUGGACUGGUCCAAGGUGAGCGGCGAGCCCCUCGACCCGGACGGGGCCGGGCGCGUUGUCUCCGUCCGCGUCAGGCUCACCCGCAACCUGCACGGCAUAUGCAUGCCGCCCGCGUGCUCGCUGGAGGAGCGGCGGGAGGUCGAGAGGUCGCUGGCGAAGGCGCUCCGCAGGACGCGGGGCGAGUACUUCCCCCUGCGGGGCUCCAGCAGCUACCCGCCGAAGCCCGGCGGGAUGAGCGCGGAGGAGGAGAAGCAGCUUGAGGCCGAGCACAUGCUCUUCGAGGAGCCCGACUCCCACGUGUUGCUGUCCUCGGGCUUCGGCCGCGACUGGCCCGACGCCCGCGGCGUGUUCCUGGGCGGGGACAACCAGCUGCUGGUCUGGGUGAACGAGUCCGACCACCUGCGCAUGCAGUCCAUGCAGGGGGGCUCCGACCUGAAGGCCGUGUUCGGGAGGCUCUGCCAGGUGCUCGCGGGCACGGAGGCGGCACUGAGGGAGACCGGCCACUCCUUCGCGAGGAGCAGCAGCCUGGGCUUCCUCGGGUCGUGCCCCUCCAACCUGGGCACCUGCCUCGCGGCCAGCGCCAUCAUCCGCAUCCCGCUGCUCAGCACGGAGCCCCAGUUCCGGGCCAUCUGCCGGCGCCUCCGGCUCCAGGCCCACCUCGGCAUCGGCAGUGGCCUCACGAUGGCGGAGGGGGUCUGGGAGGUGUCCAACAGUGACCGCCUCGGGUCCAGCGAGGUGGCGCAGGUCAGCGCGGUGAUCUCGGGCUGCCGCGCCCUGCUGUCGGCGGAGUCGCGGCUGGCGCGCGGCGAGGCGCUGGAGGGCCUCCCCGCGGGGCUGGCUCCGCCCACCGCCUCCGAGGACGGGGCCGCGAGCCGGGGAGGUGGGGACGACGACUACUACGAGGAGGAGAAUGAGGAACCAGGGCUCGGGGAGCUGGACUUCCCCGGCUUCCCCGCGGAUUCGUGCCCAGAGGAGCUUCCGAACCUCGACCGCCACCACAGCGUCAUGGCCACCGUGCUGAAGGGCGACCCGUCCAUCUACCCACGCCUGCAGGGCCUCCGGACCGCCAUGGACGUCUGCUUGGCGAGGUGCAUCAAAACCGGCAUGGACAACCAGGGCCACCGCAUGAUCUCGACCGUGGGCCUGGUGGCGGGCGACGCGGAGUGCUACGACAUGUUUGCCCCGCUCUUCGACCCCGUGAUCCGCAAGCUGCACCCAGGCUUCGACCCGGCCUGUGGCCGCCACGCCAGCGGCCUGGACGCCGGCGCGGUAGUGGCCAGCGGCAUGGACCCCGCCGGCGAUGUCGUGGAGAGGGUCCAGGUGAGUCUGGGCCGGAACCUCCGGAGCCUGCGCUUCCCCGCCGCGGCGUCCGCGCAGGAGCGCGCCGAGGCGGAGAGAGUGCUCAGCGCCGCACUCCUCCGGGUGCCCCAGCUCGGCGGCGAGUACCACCCCCUGCGUGGCUCCGACACCUACGCGGCCCUCCCGGGCGGCAUGAGCGAGGAGAUGGAGGAGCUGCUCACCAAGAAGCGCCUGAUGAUGACGGCGCCAGACUCCAACGUGGUGCUCUCCACGGGCACGGCCAGGCACUGGCCCAGGGCCCGCGGCGUGUUCACGGCGGAGGGGUGCCAGACCGUAGCGUUCCUCAACCAGGACGACCACCUGCGCCUGCGCUGCUGCCGCGAUGGCGCCGACCUGCAGGGUGCGUUCGCGCGCCUCUGCGAGGUCGAGCGCGGCGUCCGGGAGGCUCUGCAGGCGGACUCCCUCCAGUUCGCGGAGAGCGACCGUCUCGGCCACCUCACCACCAGCCCGAGCGGCCUCGGCACAGCCCUUCAAGCGGAGGUCUUCGUCCGGCUGAAUGUGCUGCCCAAGCUCCCCAAGUUUGGCGAGCUGUGCCAGAGGUGCAGAGUCUUCGCGCGGCCCAGCCGGGAGGGUGGGCCGGGCCUCGUGUGCGUCUACAACUCGCACACCUUGGGAUCCACCGCCGGGGAACAGGUCAACGACGUGAUCCGGGCUGUAAAACACUUCGUGGCUCUCGAGGCGCAGCUCGCGCGCGGCCUGGAGGUGAACCUGGACGGCCCCCUGCCCGAGCUGGACAUCGAGGUCCUGCGAGCCCGGUCGAAGAGCCUGCUCGCGCAAGCCGCUGAGGACGGGAGGCUGGAGUCCGUCCUACAGACGCUGCUGCCGCAGGACCAGGGGGGCGCAGGCGAGGUGGCUGCCAUCGAGUCGCGAGAGCGGGCCAAGACUGCUCUCAUGGAGGCGUUAGUGGAAGGUCGUCUGGCUUCCGCCAUUGAGAACGCCAUCGCAGGUGACGACGCGAGCCAGCGGGACGACAGCAUCGACGCGGUGAAGGAGCGGGCCAGGGUGGCCUUCUUGGACGCCCUUAGCAACAAGGAUCUGGAUAACAUUCUCCAAGGCAUACGCGGGCCUGACUCCAGGACGCAGGAGAGCCUCCCUCAGUGAGGGAGCGCGCGCUUGGCACUUCCUGACAAGCCAUGGCAUGCCAUGCGCUGCUAGAGACACAGGUAACGCUACGGAGAGGCGGGGGGGCUCGGCGUCGGUGACCAUGAACGUGGUCGACGCCGCUUGAGGCUGGGCACGGCGCGGCAGUAGGGCAUCCUCUGUUUGAGGUGCGGCCAGCCGCCCCACCCCACUGCCGAGCCUGCUCGGUGCAGAAGCGCGGGGCUCGUCUCGGCGGCGAGCGAUGGGGGGGAAGGCGAGAAGGAGAAGGCCUCCCCUCAGAAGGCG